UCUCUCGGUGCAGUCAUCUUUUUGAAGGAUUUUGUGGUAAAGAGCGGUACGAAGAUGAGUGCCUUGGAAGAGAGUGCAUCGCAGUCGCGGCUCAUGACAGGUCAUGAGAAUCAAACCGUCUCCAACAGACCAAAUGUGCCUCUGAUUGAUAACAACGAUGCUGGACAGAUUAUUGUUCCCGACAGAAAGAGUUGGCAGAACUUGUUUGUGUAUUUUGGCCCAGGAUUUCUUGUUUCCAUUGCAUAAAUAGAUCUUGGAAACUUUGAGACGGAUUUACAGUCAGGAGCACAAUAUAAGUAUGAGCUACUCUGGAUCAUGCUGGUGGCUUCCUGUGCUGCCCUUAUUAUUCAAUCCCUUGCAACCAAGCUAAGGGUUGUCACAGGCACAACCUUUUUCUCCAUUCAGCAUUGGUUCUGUCUAGGAAAGUACCAUGCUCAAUUCAAGGAAAUCAAACUUUCUUGAUUUGUGGAUCACACCAUGGAUAUGGAAUAUGUUAACCCGGUCAUUAGCAAUUGUCCCAAGUCUAAUUGUUGCGAUAAUUGGUGGCUCUUCUGCUGCUGGAAAGCUGAUAAUUAUUGCCUCGAUGAUUUUAUCAUUUGAACUUCCUUUUGCUCUUGUUCCACUCCUUAGGUUUACUAGCAGCAAGACCAAGAUGGGCUCAUAUGGCAAUUCAAUUAUAAUCUCAUAUAUCACUCGGAUAAUAAGCUCAUUGAUCAUGGCCAUUAAUACCUACUAUCUCAAGACUUGAGGGUUGAAAACUGUAUCCAUUGUGUUUGCUGGAACAGUUGGUUUUUCAUGAAUGCUGUUGUACAUGGUCGCAAUCUUGGUCUUUCGGAAAAAUAGGAAUUCUACCCAACCAUUGCUGCUUGGUGAUGUUGAACUUGGACAAAGUCGCAACAACUCUGGCACUGAAAUUAACAAUUUAAUGUCUGAUUUACCUUGAGAGGACAUUACAAGCAUGCAACUCCCCCAAAGAAGAUCUGCAUUAGAUCUUGACUAAGUAAUCUCUCUCUCUCUCUCUCCCCCUCUCUGAGGCAGAGUGGUUUCCUAACCAUAGUGGUACCCAAACAGAACAAGUUAUAAUGAUAUUACAAUAAAUUUCAUAUAUUAUUUACU